AUGGCGUCCAAGAUAAUAUCUUUGGUUGCCCUAUUGGCAUACCUAUCCACAUUAUGCUUCUUUUCUGUGGAAGCUAGAACACUCAUGGGUGGACCUUCCAUGAGUUUUGUUUGUCCAUCACAUACGAGCCAGUUCUCUCCGAUGUUGGUCUCCCGAGGAGGAGCUGCUGCUGUCGUCGACGCAGAGAUGUCGGAUAUUGAGAGCAGCGACUACGAUGAAGAAGAAGAGGAGGAGGAAGAAGAAACCUUGGUAAAGGCGACGCAAAAGAAAGUUACCAAGGCAGCAAAGAAGGCAGUCGCUUCAGGAUUGGCCGCUUCCAAACCCAAAAAGAAAAAGUCACGUGGGCUAAAACUAUUCUCGCUUCCAUACAUUUUGGGAGCAAUUUUGAACCCCUUCACUUUGAUCCAAAUGACGAAGGGAUAUUGGGCGUCUCUCUUCGAUCUCAAUUAUUUGAAGGAGAACGAUGAUUCUUCGUCCAAUCUUCGCAAUGCGCUCGAAGCAAAGGCAAGGAAGGGCGGGAGCAGUAAUAUGCGACCGGGAAAGAGAAAGAUGAAACCAGGGCAAGCAAAGUCAUUGUCGGAUUUGCCCGCACUUAAUACCUGA